AUGCUUUCCAACUUGAUGCGCUCUAUAAUGAGCUAUGGCAGACAAAUCACACAGUUACAGCAGCCAUUCAUGAUGCAAACAAGAAAUUUGAUGAAGACUCACAAAGGCACAGCCAAAAGAUGGAGGAAGACUUCAACCAGCUAUAAAAGAGGCAGAGCUGGGCGCAACCACGGUAACGCGGGAUGGGGCAAAUCAACGCUGAAGUCCUUGGACGGUAAAACUUUGGCACACCCAACGCAUAUCAAACACUUGAAGAGACUGCUUCCGUACAAUUAG